CGAUCCGUAGUGGAACUGGCCCGAAUGUGCUGAUUAGCCCCAGAAGCUAGCAGUGAAAAGACAAAUACUAGUUUACAAUGGAUAAAGAUGACCUGGAUGAGCUUUUGGAUGAAGUGGAAAGAAAGUUCUGCGGUAAAGUUUCUGCUGCGUGUUCCGAUGAAAAGCACAACAAACGGGAAAAUAAGCUAGGAGAACGGAGUGCUGCAACAUGUGAAGAACCAAAAAGCAGCAUCUCUGAGGACAUUGAUGCCCUUCUGGAGGAAUUGCUGGAGGACGAUUACAGCAGUUCUCCUCCGUCAAAGAAAAGGACCUUUUAUAACAUCAUGUGCUGUCCUGUUUUCAUCGGCGGGAGCUCAGUCACAAACGGUGUUGGAACAGCCACAUCCAAAAGGUCAUGUGACCAGCUGAGGUGCAUCUCUUGUGACUUCCGGGUGCUGAUGUUUGAUGAUUCUGAAUGGGACGCUUCCUGUGAUUACCUGUUUCUAAGGAACAACAUGCCGGAUCGCCACAAACUCCGAGCCAAGCUGAAGAAGAGGAAAGGUUUACGGGCCUACGCUUGCCAGUGCAACUGGUUCUCCUCCUCAGAGGCGAUGGACCUCAGAGACCAGCCCCAGCUCAGAUGGGUCUGUGGCAAACACAAGGACUGAUGCUCAGACCUCACAGCUGGAACCUGCACCAGUGCACCGCUCGCACAGCACGGACCACAGGACCAACGAUCAUUCCCUCAGACAUUUUCAUAAACAUUCCUGUGAAUCAUUUCACUUGUCUUGACUUGUGUUUCAGUUAAACAAAUACACACCUGAAACAAUCAAAAACCUUUUGUAGAAGGGUUUAAAAUCUUUAGUGUCUGUGCGCCGAUAUUCAGCCAACAUCACUGAUUCUCUUUUACAUUCCUCAUAUUCUCUGAUAAGCUCCCUAAUCAGGGUCAUUAGGGCUUUUAACAGCAUAUGAUUCCUAAAAGAGGCAAUGAGUGUGAGAUUUUAAUAUCUGAUUAAUUUAUGAUUCUCUGAUAUGUUACAGAAACAUCAAUAGAUCUGUUUCCAUCCUGUUGGUUGUUUAACUGUUUAUUUAUUUGAAGCAGGUAAACAUCACAAGGAUUUUUUUACUUUGGGAUUUUCAGUAUUAAUAAACUAAUUCUCUUCAUCGCACUACAUCACCGUGGUAACCCUUCCUUGAAACGCUAGAUCACUAGCAUUUGGGAUAAAACCAAUAUAAAUAGUCCCUCAUAAUAAAGUGAAAAUACAACUACUGUUUGAAAAAAUCCUAAUCAGAAAAAAUGUGUUUAA